UCCAAAAUACAACCCCACUCAGAGAGAUGCAGUCCACAGUCCUCUCUCACCUGGUGCACCCAGCUAGCCACAAUCUGACCCACCGCCGUGUCAAACCACCACCCUCCACCACCACAUUCCGUCGGCCACCGCAGGUCUCCGCCGUGGCAGCACCAGCACUACGUCCCCAAGUGACACACUCAAUGCCUCCCGAAAAGGUUGAAGUCUUCAAGUCUUUAGAAAACUGGGCCACCCAAUGUGUCCUCCCACUCCUCAAGCCCGUGGACCAUUGCUGGCAGCCCCAAGAUUUCCUACCCGACCCAUCACAGCCGUUCGAUGCUUUCGCUGAGGAAGUGCGGGCUCUACGUGAACGGACGGCUGGCCUGCCUGAUGACUACUUCGUGGUGCUGGUUGGGGACAUGAUCACUGAAGAUGCAUUGCCCACUUAUCAGACCAUGAUCAACACGCUCGAUGGGGUCCGGGACGAGACCGGGGCGAGUCCGAACCCAUGGGCCGUCUGGACCCGGGCUUGGACCGCUGAGGAGAACCGCCACGGCGAUCUGCUUCGAACCUACCUGUAUCUGUCGGGUCGGGUUGAUAUGUUGAUGAUUGAGAGGACCGUACAGUACCUAAUUGGAGCUGGCAUGGAUCCGGGAACAGAAAACAACCCGUACUUGGGAUUCGUGUACACAUCAUUCCAAGAGCGCGCCACGUUCGUGUCACACGGGAACACGGCUCGGCUAGCCAAGGAGGGCGGUGAUCCGGUGCUUGCGCGCAUAUGCGGCUCCAUCGCAUCAGACGAGAAGCGUCACGAGAACGCUUACGCCAAGAUUGUCGAAAAGCUCCUUGAAGUGGAUCCCACAAGCGGAAUGAUGGCCAUAGCCGAUAUGAUGCGCAAGAAGAUCACAAUGCCGGCCCAUCUGAUGCACGAUGGGCGGGACCCACUGCUGUUUGAUCACUUCUCGGCUGUGGCCCAGCGGCUCGGGGUCUACACGGCGCAUGAUUACGCCGAUAUACUGGAGUUCUUGAUCGGACGGUGGAGGUUGGAGAAGAUGGAAGGUCUGACGGCUGAGGGGAGGCAUGCGCAGGAGUUCGUGUGUGGGUUAGCGCCCAGGAUCAGGAAGCUGCACGAGCGAGCCGAUGAGCGGGCGCGGAAAAUGGAACCGCGAGUGAGGUUCAGCUGGAUUUUCGAUAAGGAGGUGAAAAUGUAGGCGAGUGGGUGCGCACGCGCCAUCAAGUGGUGGAUUUAUUUAUUUUUAUUUAUUUUUUUUCUUUCUUUCUUCCAAUGAGGGUUGGGUGUUGGGUUUGUAUAUAUAAUUAGCAAAUACCAUAUAGUCAAGUUUAAUCUUCUUUGGAACUGAGAAAAAGACAAAUACUGCCCUUAUUAUUAUAUAUCUUUUUAAUCAUUGCAAAUAUACAAAGCUGAGCCAUCAAUGGGAGUAGAGGCGCAAAAGCGGAGUUAGAUAAAGACAUACAAGACAUACAAAUUUUGAAGUAAAAUAAGAAAAAAUGAACAAGCUCCAAAUUUAUUGGGAGCAAGAGUGGCUAAAAAAUGAAAAUUACUAAAGGAGUAGAGUAGUAAUAGGAGAGAUCCAAAAGCUUGAUCAUCAUCAAGGGGAAAAAUUACAUACCUAAAUUCGUACAAGAUCAAAUCAGAUGAAAAGAUCAGUUGGAGAGAGGAGAGAAAACGAGAAAGGAGAGAAAACGAGAAAACAGCAGAUUUACUCAUAUAUUAGCCAAAAACAAAACAAAACUUAGCCCCUUCCUCCAUGAGUGAUAGGUAGGCCUUUGCAAAAAAAAAUAAUAAUAAUAAAUAAAAAAAUAAAAAUAAAAAUAAAAACUACUACUACUAUUACUUUAAAUAAAUAAAAAAAUAAAAA